GCGUCAGCCGUCCUCAGCGCAGCCUCUCUGACACAAACACAACAUCAGCCUCCUCGCAGCAUCCGCAUCUCUCGGCCGGGGAGGACCAGGAGCACAUCCUCAUCUCCAGCAGCGGCAGCAGCAGCAUCCAUUCCACUACUGCCUCUCCAGGCACCCGCACCAAGGCGCUGUAGCUCCUCAUCCACGCUUUUGCCCUUUUUUAAAAAAAAAAUACAUAUAUCGCAUCGGCUCGGAUUAUUAUUUUUUUUCCUGUGCUGCAUUUAUGAUCCUCUCCGAGAUGGUUUUGUGUUUUUGUCGCGUCUUGUGAGGGGGGGAAUAAACAAAACAACAACAACAACAUACAGCAAAAACCAGGCGGAGCAUCUUCUCAUCUGAGGCCACCCGGAGAGCUGAGAGCCGGCAGAGACUGUUUAAGUCGAGGUGAUCGUUAUCCCCCUGCAGAGGCUUUAGAUGCCCAGCGGCAGCCUGUAGCCCCGGGACCCCAGAUCCCAGCAGCACCGAGGCUCUGAGACCCUCCGGGCCCCCCCAACCACCCCUGGCAGACUCUCUUCUGACCCAGCGCGGCUGAAGCCCCUGGACGCCCCCACACACACUCACCAUGGGAACCGUGCUGUCUUUGUCCCCCAGCUACCGGAAGGCGGCCCUCUUCGAGGAUGGGCCGGCCACCGUGGGCCACUACACGGCCGUCCAGAACAGCAAGAACGCCAAAGACAAGAACCUGAAGCGCCACUCGCUCAUCAACGUGCUCCCGUGGAAGCGGAUUGUAGCGGUGUCGGCCAAGAAGAAGGGCUCCAAGAAGGUGCAGCCCAACGGCAACUACCAGAACAAUGUGACCCACCUGAACAAUGAGAACCUGAAGAAGUCGCAGUCGUGCGCCAACCUGUCCACCUUCACCCAGGACCAGAGCACCCCGGCCCUCACCAAGAGCUCCAACAACACGGUGUCGUCGGUGAAGAAGGCCCCUCUGGCCAACUCCAACGUGGCCCCCGGGACCCCGAAGCGAGUGAUCGUGCAGGCCUCCACCAGCGAGCUGCUGCGCUGCCUCGGGGAGUUUCUGUGCCGGCGCUGCUACCGGCUCAAACACCUGUCACCCACUGACCCAGUGCUGUGGCUGCGCAGCGUGGACCGCUCCCUGCUGCUGCAGGGCUGGCAGGACCAGGGCUUCAUCACGCCCGCCAACGUGGUCUUCGUCUACAUGCUGUGCCGCGACGUGGUCUCCUCCGAGGUGGCCACGGAGCACGAGCUGCAGGCCGUGCUGCUCACCUGCCUCUACCUGUCCUACUCCUACAUGGGCAACGAGAUCUCCUACCCGCUCAAGCCCUUCCUGGUGGAGAGCUCCAAGGAGACCUUCUGGGACCGCUGCCUGUCCAUCAUCAACCUGAUGAGCGCCAAGAUGCUGCAGAUCAACUCCGACCCGCACUACUUCACUCAGGUGUUCGCCGACCUGAAGAACGAGAGCCAGAAGGAGGAGGAGAGGAGCCGCCUGCUCAUCGGCCUGGACCGGUGAGGGG